UUCGAUACCAAUGUCAAAAUGCUGAAAGUGUCAAAACCACUGUCAAAUCUGUCAUAUGUUUUGUAAUCAUAAAACAAAUUGUAAUAUUUGUAAUUUGUAAACGUAAACAAAGCGAUGGAGUCUGCUGUGAAUUUGAAAUAUUUUUGGAGGAAAACUUCAAAAAAGUAUUGAAUGAAUGACUUUCCAAUAUUCGUUUGGCUGCGAUAGCUAAUCUCGAAUCAUUCAAAAGUUCUUAGGGUUUUAUCAUUCAAAAGUUCUUUGGGUUUUCAAAAUGGUUCGAGCAAUUACGAAACAAAGAGGUAAUAAGAAGGAGAAUGAGAAUCAUAAAUUAACAGAAUAUUUCAAUGUGAGAAAAUCUGAUAGAAGAACUAAAGGAGAGGUUAAAGAGGAGAAAAGGCGACUCUUAGAAUAUGCUCUGAGAAGAGGAGUAGAACAUGGACUGAAGGUAAAACACAUCCACAAUAAGGGCAGAGGUGUAUUCGCCACUCAGGACUUCCAUAGAGGCGAGUUUGUCGUCGAGUACAGUGGAGAACUCAUCUCUAUCCACGAAGCUUAUCACCGAGAAGAAAAGUAUGAGCAGGACGAAAAUACUGGGUGUUAUAUGUAUUAUUUCAAAUACAACGACCAUCCUUAUUGCAUCGAUGCCACAGCUGAAACUGGAAGGUUAGGCAGGUUGGUCAAUCACUCAAGAAAUGGCAACUUAGUAACUAAAACCAUAAUGGUGGAUGGUACUCCCAGAUUGGUUCUCAUCGCAAAAAGCCACAUCAGGAUAGGAGAUGAACUGUUAUAUGAUUAUGGAGAUAGAUCGAAGGAAUCACUAGAGCAUCACCCUUGGUUAGCACUGUAGUCUUAAUGUUAUUUCAAGUUAGUUCUGUUUUUCAGAAUGUUGUCCCCUGUAAACUAGUAUUAUCAAUUGAAUAUUGAAUGUAUCUGAAGUGGAGGAGAA